GACAAUUUAUGCAAGGAAUUCUCAGGUGUUUUCAACAAAACAAUGAGCUAUAUCUGUUUUAAUUGCGCCGCUGGGUAAAUAAAAGAUAUUAAAUGAUAACAAUUUACGAUUCCGUCGUUAUUUUCUUUUGACUAUCGCAAGCAACGGACAAUGGAGUACAAAUUAGCCUUCGGAUUAUUCCUAUUCCUUUCCAUCUCAUCUGUCGUGAAUGGACGACUUUGUUACAGUUGUUCCUACAUCGAGAACGAGAUAAAAAAAGAUUACGAGUGUGUUACCUCCCCUGCCAAUGUCACUACAGCUAAGACUGUGUCAUGCCCGGAUGAUGGUUAUUGCUUUACGCAGACCCAGUAUCAUAGAGAUGCCUUGAAGGUUCGGUCCAUCACGCGAGGCUGUGGGAGGCAGGUUGAUCUUCCCUGCGGUAGAAACUGCUGCUCUACUGACAGCGCCUGGAGCACCUGUCUCAGCGAAUGCAAGGCCAACAACGCACUGUGCAACAACCAGGAUAAAACUCCCACCGUGGGUCCGAGGGGUGGGUCCACCUCUUUAAGCCUCUGUACCUGGUCCAUGACGCUUCUUAUAGUUUCAUCCUUAGCAUUUAAAUGAAAAUUAAGCACACAUUAAAAAUUCUGUCAACAAGAAUUGCUUGGCAAUAUAUCUUUGCUAAAUCCUGUUCAACUAGUGUAUGACAGAUGAAUUAAUAAAAGCUCUUUACUUCAGAUGUAGUCAGAUAAUCUAAAAAUAUACAUUUUUAGAAAGAAAUAUUACAAUACGCCAAAUGUUAUCAAGAUUGUUCUUUUUCUGGCUACGUCGUUAGUUAUAUACCGGUAGUUAGACUUCUUUAAAAGCGUUGGUAUUCGUGUAUGUGAAUUUAAUUUAACACAAUCAUGUAUUUAGACUGAUAUUUUUUUUACAUUGUAUCAAAAUUAGAUACUUCUUUGAUCAUAUUAUUUUAUUUCAUUUUAUUGGUAGGUAUAAUCUGUUUUAGACUUUGAAAAAAUAUGGUGCGAACUUUGUGUGGCUUUACCAGAACAUUUGAAAGACAUACUUCGUAUUAUUCAAAGUGGUCUUUAACCUUAAAAAAUGUAGCUUACAUUAUUUGUUUCCAGCAGAAAGAAAAUGAAAUUCAAAGUUAUAUUAAUUAAGAUUUAUCUUUCUUUCAUUGGAAUACCAAUGUUUACUAGUACUGGCAAUAUACAUGCAUUCGUGUUAGUAAGAGAAUGCAUCAAAAUAACUCUAAUAUGAUGAAGUUUGAGUAUGGUUUCUGUUAGUUUCUUUUUUAUUUCUUGUUAUUUAGGGAGGGUUAAGCGGUUGACUGUUGGGUUUUUUAAAUUCAACCUUAAAAUGCAUUGAUAAGUUGCAUGGUUUUUAUGUUUCCAGCAAUCGUACGCCCUUAAAAGAUAAAAAUCUUUGUUUGUUAUUAUACUAAUUUAAUUUCUUUAAAGUGAAUUGUAGAAUUUGAUUCUUUGGAGGAUUUUAACAUUGUUCAUUUACCACAAAUGAUAUUAAAUACAUUUA